AUGCCUCUCCCAUACUUAGUUGGGCGCUUAGAAGUACCAGGAAAUCAAGGACUAAAAGAUCAAGUGCUAGCUCUGAGGUGGAUCAAUGAGAACAUUGAAGCAUUUGGAGGCGACGUUUCACAAAUAACCGUAUUUGGUGAAAGUGCCGGUGGAAUGUCUGUAAACCUUCAUUUGCUGUCUUCAUAUGAGCGAUUGUUCCACAAAGCUAUAAUCCAAAGUGGACCUGCUUCAAGUCCAUGGUUGAUUAUGGAACCGGAUAAAACAAUACCAAUUAAAUUGGCUAAUUCCUUAGAUUUUGAAACUGAAGAUAUACUUGAAGCUUUAGAGUAUCUUGCAUCUGUAGAUGUUCAUACACUGGUUAAAGUUGCUCAUGAUUUGAAAAUAAGUGAUUCUACUGCAACUAAAAGCCCUGGUACCCUGCCAUGUAUAGAGAAGGAAAUUGAUGGCGUAGAGUCUUUUAUAACUGAUCAUCCAAUGAACAUAAAUACCCCUAAAGUCCGCAACACUCCUGUGAUUAUUGGUCACACAAACAACGAAUAUGGAUUUCAAUAUAGAUUAGCUGAUUCUGUUUUUUUCGCAAACUAUGACUUUGGCUUGCUAUCAAACGCUUUUGAUUUGGGAGACAAUUGGGAGGAUGCUGUAAAUGACGUAAGACACUUUUAUAUUGGGGAUGAGGCAGCCAAUAAAAAUGUAGCUGAUAAAAUUACAGAUUUCGCGUCAGAUUUUGUAUUUAACCAUCCUACGCAAAGAAUGGCUGAAAGGAUUUUAGACAUUGGUGGUAAAACAGUGUAUCGAUACGUUUUCUCAUACAGUGGUAACAGAAAUCUACUAAAGGUGCUGUUUAACGUGAAUGCUACAGGGGCUAUCCAUGCUGAUGAGCUAGGAUAUUUAUUAGAUAAUGUUGAAUUGUUUGGAGAACAAGUAACACCACAAGACCAGCUUAUGAUUGACAGGCUUACGACGCUUUGGACUAACUUUGCUAAGUAUGGGGAUCCAACACCAGUAACGUCGGACCUUCUUCCAGUAAAGUGGCAACCUAUCACGAAGACUAGCCAGCCUUAUUUAAACCUCGACUCAGACCUUACUCUUGGAGCCAGGCCGUUCCACGACAGGAUGGCGUUCUGGGACCUUUUCUACAAACUCUACAGAAAUCAACAAAAAUAUGGACUUUCUGGAAAAUAA